CGGCGGCUGCCUCGCGGCGCUCCCGGCGCACUCGGAGCCCGGCGGGGACCGGGAGGCAGAGGCUGGGGGCCCUGGGUCCGAGUGCCGGAGCUGAGCGGGGCCCGGGGGCCGAAGUUUGCCGGCGGCUCCGGGAGGUGGCGCGGGUGGCUUCCAGCCCCUGGUCGUGUCCUCGCCGGGACCCGCCGGCGAGCCGCGGCCCGGCCAACUCCGCGGUGGGGACGCUGUGCCGCGAACUUGAGGCCCGAGAGGGAUGUGAAGGCCCAAAAUGACCCUCUUACCGGGAGACAAUUCUGAUUACGACUACAGCGCGCUGAGCUGCGCCUCCGACGCCUCCUUCCACCCGGCCUUCUUCCCCCAAAGCCAAUCACUCAAGGGCGUCUUUUACCGCCGAGCCCAGCGGCUGCGGCCACAAGACGAGCCCCGCCAGGGCGGCCAGCCAGAGGACCGCAGGCGCCAGAUCAUCAUCAACGUGGGCGGCAUCAAGUACUCGCUGCCCUGGACCACGCUGGAGGAGUUCCCGCUAACGCGGCUGGGCCAGCUCAAGGCCUGCACCAACUUCGACGACAUCCUCAACGUGUGCGAUGACUACGACGUCACCUGCAACGAGUUCUUCUUCGACCGCAACCCGGGGGCCUUCGGCACCAUCCUGACCUUCCUGAGGGCCGGCAAGCUGCGGCUGCUGCGGGAGAUGUGCGCCCUGUCCUUCCAGGAGGAGCUGCUCUACUGGGGCAUCGCCGAGGACCACCUGGACGGCUGCUGUAAGCGCCGCUACCUGCAGAAGAUCGAGGAGUUCGCCGAGAUGGUGGAGCGGGAGGAUGAGGACGACCCGCUGGACAGCGAGGACCACGACAGCGAGGGCCCCACGGAGGGCGAGGGCCGCCUGGGCCGCUGCAUGCGGAGACUGCGCGACAUGGUAGAGAGGCCGCACUCAGGGCUGCCCGGCAAGGUGUUCGCCUGCCUGUCGGUGCUCUUUGUCACCGUCACCGCCGUCAACCUCUCCAUCAGCACCUUACCCAGCCUGAGGGAGGAGGAGGAGAAGGGCCAGUGCUCCCAGAUGUGCCGCAACAUCUUCAUCGUGGAGUCCGUGUGUGUGGGCUGGUUCUCCCUCGAGUUCCUCCUGCGUCUCAUCCAGGCGCCCAGCAAGUUUGCCUUCCUAAGGAGCCCGCUGACGCUGAUUGACAUGGUGGCCAUCCUGCCCUACUACAUCACCCUGCUGGUGGACGGCGCCGCCGCGGACCGCCGCAAACCCGGCACAGGCAACAGCUACCUGGACAAGGUGGGGCUGGUGCUGCGCGUCCUGCGGGCGCUGCGUAUCCUGUACGUCAUGCGCCUGGCCCGCCACUCGCUGGGGCUGCAGACGCUGGGGCUCACGGCUCGCCGCUGCACCCGCGAGUUCGGUCUCCUGCUGCUCUUCCUCUGCGUGGCCAUCGCCCUCUUUGCCCCCCUCCUCUACGUCAUCGAGAACGAGAUGGCCGAUAGCCCCGAGUUCACCAGCAUCCCUGCCUGCUACUGGUGGGCCGUCAUCACCAUGACAACUGUGGGCUAUGGCGACAUGGUACCCAGGAGCACGCCUGGCCAGGUGGUGGCGCUCAGCAGCAUCCUCAGCGGCAUCCUCCUCAUGGCCUUCCCCGUGACCUCCAUCUUCCACACCUUCUCCCGCUCCUACCUGGAGCUCAAGCAGGAGCAAGAAAGGGUGAUGUUCCGGAGGACCCAGUUCCUCAUCAAAACCAAGUCGCAGCUGAGCAGCAUGUCCCACGACAGUGACAUCUUGUUUGGAAGUGCCUCCUCAGACACCAGAGACAACAACUGAGCCCAGAGGACACAACCCGCCACCGCCACCGCCAGGACACCCCCAGCCCUACCCGCCCUCUGAGGCUUGAAGCUAUCGCCAUCACUGCAGACGCCUUCAAAGGCACGUGCUGCUUCUGAGCGCAGCCCUGGCCUAGGAGUGACCGAGCCACGCCCCAGGGAGGAUGUCCCAGCAUCCAUCCGCAGGGGGUCCCUGGUCCUCAGAGUCCAGAAGUGAAGCCCAGCACACAGCCCUGUCGGUCCCCCCGCCCUCCCCAGCCCCCAUGCCUGUUUCCCUAAUAAGGAAAUGGCUUGUUCUUUCCAACAUGUAAAUAACAUGCCCAGCAAAGACUUGCUUUCUGUGGCUGCCUAGAGAAAAAAUACCAACAGCAGCAGCUACACGUCUGUCUUCAGUGCGGAUCAUGUGCAAUUAAAGAAAACCGGUGAAAAAGAGAGAAAAAGCCUUCCACGGAGCUCUCUUAAGAGAGGAAACGGCGCUUCCCAGCAAGGCCAGCCAGUGUGGGAACCAGAAGUAAAAGGGCCUGUUUCCUUGGGUCCUUCAUGCCUGGUGGGGUCCCCGUGGGCUUGGAGGAAAACAGGGCAGGUACCUUUGGGAAACUGCUGGUAAAGACUGCAGUCCGUCGCUCUUCUUUCUCUUUGAUUCCUCCCACCUCCAGGCCUCUCUUUCCCUCCUUUUUCCUCUCUCCCAUCUGCUGUUCUCGUUUGCACCUUAAGGCCUUUUUCUCAAACUUUUCCCCCAAGGCACCCCUAACAGCCUUGUAGACACCAAGUCAGCAUUGCUGACUACAAAGGUGAAAUCACUUCAUUUUCUCUUUAAAAAAAAUAGUGUGGAUUUUUUUAUUCUAUGCCACAUUUAUUUUAAUUUUUGAAAAAAAAAUGCUUCAGACUGUUUAUCUGAAUCUAAAUGUAAACCUAGAUGACAUUAGGUUGAUGCUUUGGGAAGGUGGACCACAGUUUCCUGGGCCAUCUGAGAGCAUAGUCUGAAGCCCCCAAAGGCCUCCCUGGGCCCCUCAAAGACCUACAGAGCACCCACCCGACCAGGAACACCUCCCGAUCUCAUGCAGUAUGGAUGGUGCCAGGUAGAGAGGGAGCCCCAGGGCAGCCCACCAGAUUUACUCUGCUUGCAGAGUUCAGAGCCCCUCGGUGCCAGUCUGGAGAGGGGGCUUGGCGCCCAGGUGGCAGUCACACGCCUGCCUUCCGCCUCACAGAUACCGCAGCAUCGCUGGCUUCUCCACCCCAAACACCUGCUGCCUUGGCCCCGGCUCCUCCCCUUGGCCAGCUGCGGAAAGCAAGCUCUAAAAUAAAUCUGGUCCCAUCACUGUCCUGCCUAAACCCACAGCGGCAUCCAUCACGCUGAGAAUAAAGCAUAAAUGCCCGGCAUUGCCUGGGCCUGCUGCCCUCUCCAGCCCCAUUUCCCACGUGUCUCUCUUUCGCUCACUCCAUCCAACUACGCUGGCCUCCACACUGCUCUUUAGAAGCACCCAACCCAUUUCCCUCCCCAGGCCUUCACACAUUCAGAUCCCUCGGCCAGGAACACCGUUCCUGCUGAGCACUGCAGAGCUGCCUCCUCCCAUCACCUUCCUGACCACUUGCCUAGAGAAUCCCCUCCAGCACGCGCGCUGCCCGCGCUGUCUCUCUCACCCAGCUUAUCUUCUCCAUCCACUUAUCGGCUUCUGGAAUUGCCUUGUUUAUUUCUCUGCUCCUCACUUAUGGUCUGUCUCCCGCCCAAGGAGGUCAGUGCUAUCGUGGCAGGGAUUCAGCGAUAGAGCUCACGGCUGACUCCCAACAGCUAGCACAGGGCCCGGCAGCCAGCAGGUACUCAACAGACAUUUGUGGAAUGAAUGAAAGACUGAGGGGAAGCAAGAAAAAGGGCCAGAAAGUAGAAAGGCUUUUGCUUUUAACACUGGAUAGCGGGACGUCCGAGCACCUCUCCCUCUCCCUCUCCCUCCCUCUCUCUCUCUCUCCCCCUACCCAGUGCGGAGGCAGGGGCAGUGCUACCUCUGCACAGUGUACACGCAGUGAUGCCGACUGGAAAUAUGCAAGUCACGCGGGCCUCGUUAAAGCCUCCCCCUGACACCUGCUUCCAGUGACUCACGCCUGAAAAGUAAGUGUUCCGACUAAUUAGCUCUACCCUCCGGAGCCCGGUGGGUGUCAUAGAGAUCAGGCACUGCCGUCACCCAUAAUAAUACCUUAGAUUUAUGGAAUGAGCUUUGCCCCCCUCCGAAGUGGCUAAGAGAGAACGGAAGACAAUUGAAAACGCAGAACAGAGAGAAACGUGACACACAAAGAGCCUUUAAAACUCCAGGGAGGGGAAAGCAAAUACCAUCUGAGGUGGGGGGAGCCCAGAGCAGGCCACGCUGGGAGGGGAGUCAUGCGCCCACCACACCGAGGGCAGAGGAGGAGCUGGGUCACUGAAGGUCCAGGUUUCUGGCAUCUUCUUGCCCAGAUUCUCAUCUGUGCUGGUGACUGAGGUGGAGGCCCAGACGCAGGUGCCUCUCAAGACCUCCCUUGAGGGACAAAGGGGCUCGAGAUACUGACCUUCACACCCAGAGUGGUGCUUAAGGAUCCUUUGCCCUAAUUAAGAAUCCGGAGGCCUCAGGACACCUAACUAGCCACUUCUAGGACCAUCAUCGACUUGACUAUAGUGGCUUUUCCACUCUUUUUUAGCAAUAUGAAAUCUGAUGAAGAAGCCCAGCUAAAAUUUGGACUGAAUAAGGGCUGUUCUGUUGGAAGUUGGGGGCACAAUUCUUCUCCCGGUCCUAAGGGCACCUCCCUUUUGACCCCGGUUCAGACAGCUAACUCCACGCAGUGAAAAUUACGGUGAGUGAAAAUCACUGCUCUAGGGGAAACGGCAAAGCAGACCUUUCCCAAAUUUGUCUUAUUUUUUAGGUCACAUGGACAUCCCCCAUCUAUAGUUGAGCUCAGGGCUUCCCUAAGACUCACAGUGGGGACUGGGAAAGGCUGAUUUCACAGUACAGAUUCUCAGCCCACCUCAGAGGAGGGCUGGGACCUCUUACCUCGGAUACAGAAUUUAAGGGGGAGUCAAAAAAAAACCUUAGUAAUCAAGAUAAAUCAUAUUUCAAUGCAAUAUUUUUAAAAUAUCAAGACUAAUGAUAAAAACCCAUGAUGAACAAAAUAAAGACAGGAUCUGCCUUUGCAACUGCAUAACUCUGACCCACAUACCUCUCUUUAGUUCCGGUCCUGACUGGACACCCCUGCCAUAUUCUAUAGGACAGUUCCAGCCAGCCAAGCCAGUCCCCCAGGAAGCACAGGUGGGAGCCUUUAGCACCUGGCACCGCAGCUGCUGGGCAUGGGCACCCUUCCCACUGGAGGGGAUCAGAAUGGCCACCAACCCCACCUCCUACCCCAGUGAACAUUUGAGAACCAGGCCCCUGCCCUCAUGGGGCCCGCACAGUGAUGGGGGAGAGAGAGAGACAGUGAAAUGCAAAUUGAAGAAAAUAAUUUCUGAUGUUGGUGAGCACAGGGUGACCUGGCAGACAGCGACGGGGGCCAGAGGAGAGGUGGAGAGCAGCCCCUGAAGAGAGUCAAGGAAGGACUUUCUGAGUAGGUGACAUUGAAAUGGGGACCAGGAGGAGGGGAAGGGGCAGCAAUCCAAGAAGAGGGCACAGCCAGUGCAAAGCCCAGAGGUGGGGAAGCCCUGGACAUCCCACCAGCUGUCGAGGGAGCCUGUGGGCACAUGGCCCCACUGCGAGAAUCCUUCCUCCUAGGGAGAAAACUCAGAUCUGCAAAGUUGACACUCUGAACAAACAUUUCCAGAGACCUUACUCUGAGCCAGGCCCUCUCAGAGCAGCUGGGGACAAAACAAUAAAACAACAGAACUGGACUCAGUCCCUGCCCCAGAGGUGCUUAUUAUUUAAUGGAGAGAAAGACACGUGAAUAGAAGAUUUCUGCGCAUGUGGGAUGAUGGGGGUGCAGGCGCAGGGAGCUGUAUGAGCAUGGAGAACGACAUCAACUGGGAAUUCCCUGGUGUUCCAGUGGUUAGGACUCGGUGCUUUCACCGCCAGGACCUGAGCUGGAUC